AUUAAGCAAUGGAAAACAUUUUUUUCUCCGUCCCGAUUAUAUGCGACCGUUUCUUCACCGGAUUCACACAUUUUGGUGUUCUUCAUAUAUAAACCUGUAUCUUGGAUUCUUGGUCAUAACAUACAUUAGGAAAUCUUCCUAAAUUUGAGAUUAUUCGAUGAUAAAAAAUGGCAGAGGGGACAUAUGUGCAGCUCAACAAGGAACAAGAUGCCGUCGACAAUAUCACCCCCGGCGAGCUUAACCAACCCAUUGAUAUUGACAAGCUGACUUGUCGGAAAUGCCCUGAAUGUGGGCAACCCUUGCCCAAAAGCCACCAACCCCCUGCUGAUGAAGAUUGGACCACAGGGAUUUUUGGUUGCACAGAAGACAUUGAUAGCUGCUUGACUGGACUGUUUUGUCCAUGUGUAUUGUUCGGGCGGAAUGUCGAGAGCUUGAAUGAAGAAAUAUCCCAAGCAGGGGCAUGUGGUGGCCAUAUCAUUUGUGUUGAAGGAGGCAUCACACUGGCUGUUGCAACAGCAGCAAUGCAUGGCAUUGAUCCCGAUACUAUGUGUCUCAUUACUGAGGGUCUACUCUUUACAUGGUGGGUCUGUGGCAUCUAUACUGGCAUGGCCAGGCAAGCAUUGCAGAGAAAGUACCAUUUGAAGGACUCACCGUGUGAUCCAUGUUUGGUGCAUUGCUGCUUGCAUUGGUGUGCCGUCUGCCAGGAGUACAGAGAGAUGAGGAAUCACCUGGCUGAAAACACUUCCUCUGUAACGAUUGUAGAGCCACCACCGGUACAACGGAUGAACACUGACAUGAAACAAGAAGCAGAAUCUUCGUCUGGCAAAGAAAUCGUUCCAGUGAGUUGCAAUGUGGAGAUGCAGCCACCAUCAUCGUAGAGAUACAUCUUUCUUAGAUUCAUAUUGAAAUUAACCCCUUCUACAGUUUCUUAAAGUGGAAUUUAGAGAGAACUUGUAAUCCUACUUGGCUUUGUUCAUGGAACUUUUUCUGUCAAGUAUGAAACUAGGGUAUUUCUAUCUAAUGCCAAGUUGUUGAGGAUCAUUUCUGCAUUAGUAGGCCCCAGGGGACAGAGCGGGAAUGGGGCAGGGGCGUAUAAGUGGUAUAACUCAUCCCUGCACGCUUGGACCCGCUCCAUCCCAACACCCACCCCACUUCUCCUCCGUGAAUAUAAUCCUUAUUCUCCAAGUGAAAAAAAAGUGGUAUUGAUUUGAGAUGAAAUGAAAAAACGAGCCAUAAAAGUAACGAUUAGCUUUGUAACUUGUAUUUCACAAAUUAUAAACACAU